GUGGGUGUGAAUGUGCGUGGUGGGUGUGCUCGGCUGUUCCCUCCGUGCUCUCCAGCGUUUCUCACAGCCUUAGCAUGUCCUGGAAGGCCUUCUCGCAGCGCAGGUAGCGGGCAGGGGCUGCAGACCCAGGACUGGGGAGCUCCACGCAGACACUGGAAAGAGCCGCUUGGCGAGGAGCCUGCGGAAAGGCCUGCAGGAGGCACACGGAUGAACAGAACUAGGAAAGGAAGCGAGUGAGGAGGCCUGCCCGAGUCGCAAGGCCUCCGCUAGCGCCCGUGACAAGUGACAGGCAGGACCAGUUCGUUCUUCUGCGGGCUACAAGAAGGCGGAGGAUGCGAUGUCCCGGGCCACGUCUGUUGGAGACCAGCUGGAGGCAGCGGCCCGCACCAUUUACCUCAACCAACCGCAUCUCAACAAAUUCCGCGACAACCAGAUCAGUACCGCCAAGUACAGUGUGUUGACAUUUCUACCUCGAUUCUUGUAUGAGCAGAUUAGAAGAGCUGCUAAUGCCUUCUUCCUCUUCAUUGCCUUAUUACAGCAAAUUCCAGACGUGUCUCCAACAGGAAGAUACACCACCCUGGUGCCAUUGAUCAUUAUUUUAACAAUUGCAGGCAUCAAAGAGAUUGUAGAAGAUUUUAAACGACAUAAGGCAGACAAUGCAGUUAACAAAAAGAAAACCAUAGUGUUAAGAAAUGGUAUGUGGCAUACCAUUGUGUGGAAAGAGGUGGCAGUGGGAGACAUCGUGAAAGUCCUCAAUGGCCAGUACCUUCCAGCAGAUAUGGUCCUGUUCUCCUCCAGUGAACCUCAGGCAAUGUGUUACGUUGAAACAGCUAAUCUAGAUGGGGAGACAAACCUUAAGAUACGUCAGGGGUUGAGCCAUACUGCUGACAUGCAGACAAGGGAGGUGCUAAUGAAGUUAUCUGGAACUAUAGAAUGUGAAGGGCCCAAUCGCCACCUCUAUGACUUCACUGGGACCUUGAACUUGGAUGGGAAAAGCCCUGUUCCCCUUGGACCUGACCAGAUCUUAUUACGAGGCACACAGCUUAGAAAUACUCAGUGGGUCUUUGGCAUAGUUGUUUAUACUGGACACGACACCAAACUCAUGCAGAAUUCAACCAAAGCGCCUCUCAAGAGAUCAAAUGUUGAGAAAGUAACCAAUGUGCAGAUUCUAGUGUUGUUUGGCAUCCUAUUGGUAAUGGCCCUGGUGAGCUCCGUGGGGGCUCUGUAUUGGAAUGGGUCUCACGGUGGAAAAAACUGGUACAUCAAGAAGAUGGACACAAGCUCAGAUAAUUUUGGAUACAACCUGUUGACAUUCAUCAUCCUGUACAACAAUCUUAUUCCCAUCAGUCUGUUGGUGACUCUAGAGGUUGUGAAAUAUACACAGGCCCUCUUCAUAAACUGGGACACAGAUAUGUAUUAUAUAGAAAAUGACACUCCUGCAAUGGCCAGAACAUCAAACCUUAAUGAAGAGCUUGGGCAGGUAAAAUAUCUAUUUUCUGACAAGACCGGAACUCUGACAUGUAAUAUCAUGAACUUCAAAAAGUGUAGCAUUGCAGGAGUAACCUAUGGGCAUUUCCCAGAGCUGACGAGAGAGCCAUCCUCAGAUGACUUCUCUCGGAUGCCUCCUCCCACCAGUGAUUCUUGUGACUUUAAUGAUCCCCGGCUGUUGAAAAACAUUGAAGAUCACCAUCCUACAGCCCCUUGCAUACAGGAGUUCCUCACCCUGCUGGCUGUGUGCCACACUGUCGUUCCUGAGAAGGAUGGAGAUGAGAUCCUGUACCAGGCCUCCUCCCCAGAUGAAGCUGCAUUGGUGAAAGGAGCCAAGAAGCUGGGUUUCGUCUUCACAGCCAGAACCCCAUACUCUGUCAUCAUAGAGGCGAUGGGACAGGAACAGACAUUUGGGAUUCUUAAUGUCUUGGAAUUUUCCAGUGACAGGAAAAGAAUGUCUGUAAUUGUCCGAACUCCUUCGGGGCAGCUUCGACUCUACUGUAAGGGUGCUGAUAAUGUAAUUUUUGAAAGACUUUCAAAAGAUUCAAAGUACAUGGAGGAAACAUUAUGCCAUCUGGAGUACUUUGCUACAGAAGGAUUGCGGACCCUCUGUGUGGCUUACGCUGACCUCUCCGAGCAUGAGUAUGAGGAAUGGCUGAAAGUCUAUCAGGAAGCCAGCAUCAUCUUGAAAGACCGCGCUCAGAGGCUGGAAGAGUGUUACGAGAUCAUCGAGAAGAAUUUACUGUUACUGGGAGCCACAGCCAUAGAAGACCGCCUUCAGACUGGGGUUCCAGAAACCAUAGCGACUCUGCUGAAGGCAGAAAUUAAGAUAUGGGUUUUGACUGGAGACAAACAGGAAACUGCAAUCAACAUAGGAUAUUCCUGCCGAUUGGUGUCACAAAACAUGGCCCUUAUUCUACUGAAGGAGGAUUCUUUAGAUGCAACUCGGGCAGCCAUCACCCAGCACUGCACAGACCUUGGGAACCUGCUAGGCAAGGAAAAUGACGUGGCUCUCAUCAUAGAUGGUCACACCCUGAAGUACGCGCUGUCCUUUGAGGUCCGCAGAAGUUUCCUGGACCUGGCACUGUCCUGUAAAGCCGUCAUCUGCUGCAGAGUGUCUCCUCUGCAGAAGUCUGAGAUAGUGGACGUGGUGAAGAAGCGGGUGAAGGCUAUUACUCUUGCCAUUGGGGACGGUGCCAAUGACGUCGGGAUGAUCCAGACUGCUCACGUGGGAGUAGGGAUCAGUGGCAAUGAAGGCAUGCAAGCCACCAACAACUCGGAUUAUGCCAUUGCCCAGUUUUCCUACUUGGAGAAGCUCCUCUUGGUUCACGGAGCCUGGAGCUACAACCGGGUGACCAAAUGCAUAUUGUACUGUUUUUAUAAGAACGUGGUCCUCUACAUCAUUGAGCUUUGGUUCGCCUUUGUUAAUGGAUUUUCUGGGCAGAUUUUAUUUGAACGUUGGUGCAUUGGCUUGUACAAUGUGAUUUUCACUGCGUUGCCACCCUUCACGCUGGGAAUCUUUGAGCGGUCUUGCACUCAGGAGAGCAUGCUCAGGUUUCCACAGCUCUACAAAAUCACCCAGAACGCUGAAGGCUUCAACACAAAGGUUUUCUGGGGUCACUGCAUCAACGCCUUGGUCCACUCCCUCAUCCUCUUCUGGUUUCCCAUGAAAGCCCUGGAACAUGAUACUCCCUUGUCCAAUGGUCAUGCUACAGACUAUUUAUUUGUUGGAAAUAUUGUUUACACGUACGUUGUUGUUACAGUUUGUCUGAAAGCUGGUUUGGAGACUACAGCUUGGACUAAAUUCAGUCACUUGGCUGUGUGGGGAAGCAUGCUGAUCUGGCUUGUAUUUUUUGGCGUCUACUCAGUCUUCUGGCCUACCAUCCCCAUUGCACCAGACAUGGAAGGACAGGCAGCUAUGGUCCUGAGUUCUGCACACUUCUGGCUGGGGUUAUUCCUGGUUCCCACUGCAUGCCUGAUGGAAGAUGUGGCAUGGAGAGCCGCCAAGCACACUUACAAGAAGACAUUGCUGGAGGAGGUGCAGGAGCUGGAAACCAAGUCCAGAGUGAUGGGGAAAGCGAUGCUGAAGGACAGUAAUGGAAAGAGGAUGAAUGAACGAGACCGCCUCCUCAAGAGGCUCAGCAGGAAGACUCCCCCGACCCUCUUCCGUGGAGGCUCCAUCCAGCAGUGUGUCUCUCAUGGGUAUGCCUUUUCCCAAGAAGAACACGGAGCUGUUACUCAGGAAGAAAUAGUUCGAGCGUACGACACCACCAAAAAGAAGUCAAAGAAGAAAUAAGCUGCAACUUUUCCUGACUUUGUGGUUCAAGGGAAGAGGUGGUGUUUGUUGUAUCCAAUGUUAACUCUUCUUUGUCGGAAGAAACUGGUGUCUGCAGCCAAAACAACUCAAAAACACAUUUCUGUGGCCUUAGCCGACCAGUUUGUUAGUUACAUAUUCCUUUGCAAGCCCGGAGCAC